AAACCCCUGCUGUAAAGUUUUUCUUGUCAGUUUGUUCUAUAUCUUCAACCGGAGUAACAUAUAACAAUAUGGCAGACAUGUAUGAGACUAUUGCCUGGGGAAAGAAGUCUAAGGACUCCAAGUUUGGAUUAAUGCAGAUUGAGAGAAACUUGCCUGGAGUGGAUGAUGUAACUUUUGAUCUUAAGUUCUGUGGUAUCUGUCAUUCAGAUGUUCACAUAGCGAAUGAUGAUAUGGGAAUUACCAACUUUCCAGUAGUCCCUGGACAUGAGUUGGCAGGAGUGGUAACUGCUGUUGGGUCAAAUGUAACUAAGUUUAAGCUUGGGGAUAAAGUUGGUGUAGGGUGUAUCUCUGACAGCUGUAUGAAGUGUUCAAGCUGCAAUCAAGGUUUUGAGCAAGCUUGUCAUGGUGGAAUGACUAUCACAACUGACUCCAAAAUUAAACAUGGGCACAUAAAGACAAACUCUGGAUAUACCUAUGGAGGGUUCAGUGGAUCACAAACAGUAAACCAACGUUAUCUGAUCAGAAUCCCCAAUGAAUAUCCAUUAGAAUUAGCUGGACCUGUUUUCUGUUCUGCCCUGACCAUGUAUUCUCCCCUUUGUCAGUGGAAGGCCAAUGGUGGAGGAAUGACUGUGGGAGUCAUUGGGAUUGGUGGUCUUGGACAAAUGGGCAUUCAAUUGGCUAAAGCAAUGGGAAAUCAAGUAACAGCUAUAUCAACCACUCCAGCUAAAAAGCCAGUAGCUCUUGAAAUUGGAGCAGACAUGUUCAUUGUUUCAUCUGAUGAUGCCCAAAUGGUCUCAGAAGCUAACACUUUGGACCUUAUCCUUAAUACAGUCUCUGCCAACCACCAGAUCGAACAUUAUUUACCUUUGCUGAGAAGAAAUGGUGUUAUUGUCCAGCUGGGUCUUGCAUUUGAAAAGCAUAAUAUCAGUCAGAUUCCUUUAAUAAUGAAACGACUGAUAAUUGCUGGUGGUGGGAUUGGUGGGAUACCAGAAACUCAGGAGUGUAUGGAUUUCUGCGCUAAGAACAAAAUCUUCUCGAAGAUCAAGAUGGUUAAAGCCUCUGAACUUGAUGAAGUGUUUGCUACCCUGGUCAAAAAGAAUGACCAGGUCAUUAGAUAUGUUCUGGAUAUUGAAGGAAGCAAAUAAAGUUACAAGAAAUUAAUGAUGUCGGUAUUUGAUUGUAAUAAAAAUAUUCAUUACAUUA